UCCUCCUCCAGGGAGGAGGUGCCUUUAAAUGGGAGCCAGCUGGCCGGGGCGGCCAAUUUACACCCCAAGCUGUACCUGCAGUUGAAGCUUCUCCCCCAGAGCCUAUCAGCAUGGCCCAAGAGUUUGUGAAUUGUAAAAUCCAGCCCGGGAAGGUGGUGGUGUUCAUCAAACCCACCUGCCCCUUCUGCAAGAGGACCCAAGAGCUGUUGGGCCAGCUGCCCUUCAAACAGGGACUUCUGGAAUUCGUCGAUAUCACAACCACCAACGACAUGGGCAAGGUUCAAGACUAUUUCGAACAGCUCACGGGAGCCCGGACGGUCCCCAGGGUCUUCCUGGGCACUGAGUGCAUCGGAGGAUGCUCUGACCUGGAGAAAAUGCAUGAGAACGGGCAGCUGCUGAUGCGGUUGAAGCAGAUGGGAGUCCUGCAGUGAUGCCAGAGCUAAACCCAGACGGACGUCCCUGUGGAGAGCUGCAGUAUAUGGUCCAGGAUGACCAUACAUCUGGUGGACGGAUAUGCGCCUGCCUUCACUCAGCCUGGGCAACUGUUUACUUUAAAUUGUAAAAUACGUUAAACAAUCAUGGCGUGAUUGGGGGAGCACAAUCAGUCUUUUCUUCUUUUGGACUCAGUAUUAAUAAAAGGGAACCAACUUGCCACAAACCCCAGGGCCAGAGAGGCUAAUCUCGGGUUCUCCUGGACUGGCCCUCCUGGGGAUUCCUAACUGUGAUAAGUUAAAAUCAUCGUUCAUCCUCUGACCCAAAAGGUGUUCUUUUUUUCCUCGCACUUGUCUCUGAUGCCUGCCAUGUUCCAGAUGCCUCUACCUCUAAGUCAGUAUUUCUCAACCAAGUUUACCCCAGCUCCUGCUCCAACAUGAAUCUAUAGUUGGCUGCAGUUGUUUCAUUCGGUUUGACUUUACAGGAAUUGCAGAUGAUAGCUAUGCGUAUUUUGUAGGUUCUUCAGACAGACCAAAGGGGUCAACAAAACCACCUGACCCUAGUCCAAGAACUACUAAAGUGUUCUAAGUGUGGAUUACUCCUGGUUCUCAAAGGAAAGUCCAACAAUUCAGUGAAGACUCUAGGACAUGUUUUGCUGUAGAUGCAUAGUUUGGCAUGACCAUCUUCACUUGGUACCACAAGGAUUACAGGUGUGAGUGCUCAGUCACAUGAGAGUAUGAUUCUGUGCAAGUCUUUAUUAAUUCAGUUGAAAUUACCCACAAAAGUUAAACAUAAAAAAAUAAAAUACCAUCCUAGAAAAUAGCCUCUUCCCCAAGAAUGUCUAAGUGAAACCAAGUUUGAGAAACACUGACCUAAAUGUUUUUCUUUUCCUGUCACCCCUCAAAUUUCCCAAAACUUAAAAUCCCUUUACAUGAAGUUUGUCUGUUCUAGAAUUUCAAGAUUAAGGUAAUAUAUUCUACAUUCUCUGUAUGAAUGCUUAAUUUUUGUAAUAAAGGGCACCCACAGAUGAGUGAUUUUUGUUCAAUUCUUCUAUUGUCAAGACCUUAAAUGAAAAUCAUUGUAAGGCUUUAUUCAUAUUUAUAUUUGCUCCCUACUUUAGAAAUAAAUGCCUGUUAUUAUCA